AUGAAUAUUGAUUGGUUGGGAACAGGGUCUAAGCCUAAGAAGGUCAAAAUUGUGGACACUAAGACGGUAAUCUCAAAAACUAAGAGAAAAAAGAAACCCCGCGCUAGGGAAAAGGAGAUUAGGAAGAUUGAGAAUAAAUAUGUCAAUGGCUCUUGGAAGGAGAACCCCGAGUCUCCUUGGGAUUUUGAGCGCUUGUUGGUUGAAAAUAAUAAGUUGGCAGAAACAUGGAUAAGAUACAUGGCAUAUCAUUUAAAUAACUCCAAUCUAAAAUUGGCUAGAGAGGUGGCAGAGCGAGGUAUCAAGGCAAUCACUAUAAAUGAUUUGCAGGGAAGGAUGAAUUUGUGGAUUGCCUACUUAAAUAUGGAAGUAAAAUAUGGCGACAAUGCAAAGGAUGUGUUUAAGCGAUCCAUAAAUUGUAACGACCCAGCUACGAUGUACAUUAAGAUGUUUCGCAUCUAUAGCAAAUGUGGGAAGGCGGAGUUAGCAAUGGAAACGGCCAAUGAAGGUAUUUCUAAGUUCCCAGAUUUAAAUGAGUUAUGGAUUGACUUGUUGAAGUUUUAUUAUAAGGAGGGAAAGGCGGAUUGUGCCAAAGAAUUGCAUAAAAAAGCAUCCCAACGGUGUUCAAAAAGGGAGUUUUGUUAUAUAACAUCACAAAUAGCACUAUUAGAAUAUAAGUAUGGAGAUCCAAACAGUGGCCAGGAUAUGUUUGAAAAGCUUCUAGAUGAAAAUGCCAAACGUAUGGAUUUUUGGCAGCAAUAUAUAGAUGCUCAUAUCAAAUACAAAUUGAAAAAUUUCGACAAUAUGGAGAAAAGUAAACGUACAGAGUCUAUGGAGCAACUACGAAAUAUUUUCAAACGUGCCACAUAUUUGGGGUUGAAACCUAAAAAGAUGAAGAUUAUUUUUGCAAAAUGGUUGUCAUUUGAAACAGAUUAUGGUGAUGCAAAAUCUCAGGCUACAGUAAGGGAAAGGGCUAGGCAAUAUGUUGAAUCUCUGGGAUGA